AUGAAAAGUUUUAAAGCAGUUGAGAGCCUCCUGAUUGGGCAAGAUAAUUCAGAAGUUAUUUAUAUUUAGUUGGUUUAUAUAGCUAAAUUAUAUUGCCCAAGUCAAUUGUAGUCUGCAAGCCUUUUAAUUCAGCAUAUUUAGAGAGAAGCACUCUCGUCUUUAAAUUAGUUGUUUUUAAUCUAUUCUAGCUUAGCAAAGGCAUCCAUAAUAUCUUAGGGAACAUCAUCUUCUUAUUACCCAUUAGAGUACUUAUUUAAAUUAGCCUUUGAAAAGUGCAUUUUUAUGUCUUUAGGAGUGAGCUUUAAACGGUAAACUGGUCUUUCUUCGUAUUGGAAUUACAUCUCUGUCUGA